CUUCGUCUGGAACAGGAGCACUACGCCACCAUCCAGUCCCGAAUCCAGUCCAAGGUGCUGAACUGCGAAGGCACAUGGAUCGAUUGGCAGUACCUGCUGACCGCUGCUGAGACCCUGCGCAAGUGUCGUUACACCCUGAAGUACACAUAUCCCUACGCCUACUAUCCGCCCAAGGCGAUGCAACGGCUGGCCCUGUUUGAGUACCAACAGGGCCUACUGGAGGCGGAAGUUGAGGAUCUCUCCUGGAAGAUAGCCCACGCGGAGAUCACCGACAAGGGCGAACUGCUAAACAAAAUGAACAUCUGUGAGAAGCAUAGACAGACCCUGUUGCAAGAGUUUCUCACCAACUAA